CGACAAAAUGAAUCAGACAUUACAAAAAAAAAUUGAAAGAUAUUUUUAUUUUGUAUUUAAUUCAAUAAAUGAUUGGUAAUUAAUUAAUUAACUUGGCGUUUGUGACAUUUGUGACUGCUGCUUUGACAUAUUAAAAUGACCUAACCUAGAAAUUCACAUAUCAAAAUAAUGGAAAGGUCGCCAAUUUGUAGCACCGAAUAUGUAUUUAAACGUAAGAAGAUCGCCCCCCAGAAUAUCGUAAUACGUCUGAAAAAUCGCGAAACGUUUUCGUACCGAAAACCGGGGACUCACUUCCACACCGCUCGCCAAUUCUACCAGUGCAUUUUCCCCAAUUUUACUGUGAUAAACGUGGAAAAGCCCCCUUGUUUUUUACGAAAAUUCAGUCCCGACGGUAAAUAUUUCAUAGCAUUUUCGUCGGACCAAACGUCGCUCGAAGUCUACACCUACAGAGGGCCGGCAGCUGCGGCAGACUUAUUCAACAAAACUGAGAACUGUGAUGCCGAAAAACGUUCAGAAAUUAGUAGUAAAAUUUUUGACAGGAUUUUUAAGUUAAAAUAUGUGGUACACGUGACCCAAGGCUCUGAGGAACUUAAUCGUGAGUGUAGCCUUUUCAGUGAUGACGGCAGAUAUGUGAUAAUAGGUUCGGCGGCCUUCAUACCGGAAGAAAUCAGGCCACACUUUUAUGAAAUUUAUACAAAUAAUGAAUCAGUUACUCCUAACCCGCGUUCGCCUUUGGAAAACUACACGCUUCAUUUAGUUGAUUUACAUCUAGGAAAAUUAUGUGAUUCGAGGCAGUUCAAAGUUGACAAAAUUUUCCUGUCGCACAACCAAGGUCUUUAUUUGUACAAAGACAUCCUCGCUGUACUCUCAGUCCAACACCAAGUGAUCCACAUUUUCCAAAUUCUGGACGGAAUGUUCGUAAACGUCCGAAAAAUCGGAAGAUUUUGUUUCGAGGACGACUCAUACUUCUACGACUUGGCAUAUUCAAAUGAGAGGGCCUUCAGAGACGUCAGCAUAAACUCCUUAAAACACCGAUUGCUAACAUUUUUGUAUAAAAGAGCAGUUACAAUCAGUAAAAGAGACAAUAGUCCCCUGGAAAUACGCAAAUUUUUCCACCAUUUCAGCAACUACAACGCACUGAAAUUGUGGAAAAUGCAGCUCCUAGAUGAAAAUCAUUUGUUAAUUAAAUACGCGAGCGAAGAUGUUGUCACUUUAAAAUGCACGGACGCAAACACCCAACCAUCCUUUUUCAUAGUUUACAGUAUGAAGGAAAGCAAAAUUUUAGCAAUUUAUGAAAACACGUCGACGGAUUUGUUACACUUAUUUGAGAAUUUCUGUGAUUCGUUUAGGAAUGCGUGUGUAAAUUGUGAGACACAAUUCACUUGUAGUCCCUCUAAUAACAUUUAUGCAAGGAUUUUGCAGCAAAGGUUCAAACAAACAAUAGUUAGUGCAAAAUACGGUGGCGAAACGGAAGCCACCAAAAGACUUUUAGCUCAAUUACCAAUAAGUGCCCAAUCUUACAGCAGUUCGCCUUAUCUGGACUUGUCGUUGUUCAGUUAUGACGACAAAUGGGUGUCGGUGAUGGAACGACCAAAGACAUGUGGAGAGUAUCCGAUAAGGUUCUACGGUCGCGAUUCGGGAUUUUUAAAAUUCCAGAUUUUCGCCGGCGGUACACGACUGAUGUACCCCUCAGCUCGAAGACUGGUGGCGUUUACUUUCCACCCUACUGACCCGUUUGCCAUUUCCGUGCAACGAACCAAUGCCAAUUAUGUUGUAAAUUUUCACGUGAGACAAGACGCAGCAUAUGACAAUAAUAAUUUUUACGAAGAUUGUAAUUUUGUACUGUAACAUUUAUUGUUGUGAUAAAAUAAAGUUUAUUGUUGAAAAAUUA